CCAGAACACACGAGCACGGUUAUUACUCACAGUCAAAGUCGUUCCAAAAGUCGAAACUCCCGACACCAUGAAAUCCUUCACCACGCUCACGGCCAUCGCGCUCCUCCCUGCCGCCCUCGCGGCCUCUCUCACUGCAACAAAUAAAUGCACCAAUUCCAUCUACGUCAAACCCGACGCACAAGGCUUCUCGGGCGCGAUCUCCGAGAUCAAACCCGGCGCGACAUGGACGGGACCCUUCGAGACGACCAAGUUCGGCAACGCAGUCAAGUUCUCCAGCAGCAAAACGGAUUUCAGCAAGCCCAUCAGCUUCGAUUACAGCGUCAGCGGUGGCCUCACGUACUACGAUGUGAGCGAUGCGGCUGGCAGACCGUUCAAGUUGGUGGCAAGGGAUACUACGGGAGGUGGGCAGACGUGCCCAGAAGUUGGAUGUCCGGGAAGCGCGUGUAAGGCUGUGAAGGCAUGUGAUUCCUCGCACACAUAUGCUAUACAGGCAUGUUAAAGGCUAGACGGUAGUAAUUGGGUAGCGUACUGCAAGCUAGAUGUGGAAUUGAAUUAGUGCGAGCGAACAUGG